UAAUUUGUGCGUUGAAAAUUUACAAGAUUUAGGCGCUAUGUUCCAAAAUUGACUGUCUGAAAAUUUUUGGCGCACGCGACAUAUAAACUGUAACAUUUUCAGCAUAGGCAGUAAAUUUGGAAUAUAACCUUAAUAAAUUCAAUACAGUAGUAAGGUUAGACCUUAAAGAUGGUUACGGAAGCUAGUAAACAGAAAGCGAAUAAUUUUAAAACGUUAUGGGUUCGCUUCGACGCGGACAGUUCUGACAAACACCAGCUAUUUUUCAAGGAACAUUCCAUAAGAAAUCAGGAACCGGAAUAUCCCAGGAACCGAACUCUCUUUGUGUUGAACGUACCGCCAUAUGCUACCAUUGAUUGCCUGAGCAAUGAAUUUGCUAAUCUGUGUGGAAAUGUACAGUCUGUUACAUUUUCAAAUACAAAAGGAUUCAAAACCGCAUAUAUUGUUUUUAAGAAGGAAUCCUCCUUAGAUAAAGCUAUGGAACUUUCAAAAGAUUUCGUAAUUACAUUGAAAAGUGAGAAAAAUAUUUGCCUCACAGGAUUAGAAAAAUGGUGUAAAGAAUAUAAUGAUACUUUGUACGAUGAGCAAUUAAUGAAGGAAGACAUUGAGAAAUAUAUAGCUUCGUAUGACGAACAAAUACAGGACCGUAUCACACAAGAGAAAGCUGCAGAGGAGGACAACGAUGGCUGGGUAACUGUAACAGGUGGAAAGAAAAGAGGACAAUUUGCUCCAUCCAGGAAGGAAUCUACCAUCAGCAAGGUGCAACAGAAAGAGGAACAACGGAAGAAGAAGAAACAAUUACUUAAUUUCUAUACUUUCCAAAUUCGUGAAACAAAAAAGCAGAAUUUAGCGGAAUUACGAAAGAAGUUUGAACUGGACAAAAAAAGAUUGCAGGAAUUGAAACAUAAACGAACAUUUAAGCCAUUUUAGUCUAAACUAGAUUUAAAAGCAGCGAAUGAGAG